AUGAGGGCUACGAGUGCUACCAAUGCCAAUACGGGCUGCGCUAACACUGCGCCAAAUGGUGACAAACUUCUUCAGACAGAACCUCACAAACAAUUUAAUGCAUUCAAUGAUGGCAUCAAAGAGUCGGCAGCAGUGGUGAGGGAGAAGCGCUCGCAAAGGGGACAACAACAGUACUUUCAUUAUCAGUACGAACCAUACAAUCGGUCUAAUUAUUACACACCGGGAACUGCCGGCUCUGAACAGCCGUUUAUGUGA